AUGGCGCUCAACGCCUCUUCACACAAUGUCACGGGCGAGAAGACCACUCCCAAUAGUGCGCCGCCUCCAGUUCUAAGCGAGGACACCAAAAAGGACAUACUGGACUCGGCCAAUGCAGAGGGCACUGGCCAAUCGGCGCCUGGUCGUGAGAACGAAAAGGGUAUGGAGAAGAAGGAGAAGUCUGCCAAAGAACUUGAAAAGGAGCGCAAGAAGGCCGAAAAGGACGCAAAGUUUAAGGCCAAGAAGGCGGCUCAAACCGCACCCGACCCAGCGAGAGAAGGUGCGCCUAGGGAAAAUAAGAAGAAGAAGGGCAAGGAGGAGGAAAAACUUCCUGAAUAUGUCGAGGAGACACCCAAGGGCGAGAAGAAGCGUCUGCAGAGCCUGGAUAGUCCUUUUACAAAGGCAUACAUUCCCAAGGUCGUCGAAUCGGCGUGGAAUGAUUGGUGGGAGAAGGAGGGCUUCUUCAAGCCUGAAUUCCAGGCAAACGGCGAGGUGAAGCCAGCUGGAAAGUUCGUUAUUCCGAUUCCUCCACCCAACGUCACCGGAAAGCUCCACUGCGGGCACGCGUUGGCCACAGCACUACAGGAUGUCAUGAUCCGGUGGCAUCGCAUGAAGGGCUUCACCACUCUAUACCUACCAGGCUGCGAUCAUGCUGGUAUCGCGACACAGAGCGUCGUUGAGAAGAUGCUCUGGCGACGAGAAAAGAAGACGAGAUACGAUCUUGGCCGAAAGGCGUUCAUUGAGCGUACCAUGGACUGGAAAGAAGAAUACCAUCAGCAUCUUACACAUACCUUGAAGCGCAUGGGAGGAUCAUUCGAUUGGACUCGAGAGGCAUUCACAAUGGACGCGAACCUGUCGCAUGCUGUGACGGAGAGCUUCGUCAAAAUGCAUGAAGAUGGCCUCAUCUACAGAUCAAACCGAAUCGUCAACUGGUGUGUACAACUCAACACCGCGCUGUCGACGCUUGAGGUGGACAAUAAAGAGCUUACCGGACGGACUGUACUUUCCGUCCCUGGAUAUGAGCGCAAGGUCGAGUUUGGUGUCUUGACGCACUUUAAGUACGCCAUCGACGGUACCGACCAGUUCAUUCAGGUCGCUACCACACGUCCAGAGACCAUGCUGGGCGACUCUGGAAUUGCUGUACACCCCAAUGACGAACGCUACAAGCACUUGGUCGGCAAGAAGGCAAGACAUCCCUUUGUCGAUCGCUUGAUGCCCAUUGUUGCGGAUGACUACGUUGAUCCAGAGUUUGGUACUGGUGCUGUCAAACUUACUCCGGCGCACGACCCGAACGAUUUCAAUCUUGGAAAGAGGCACAAUCUCCAGUUUAUUAACAUCUUGAACGACAACGGUACGAUGAACAAGAAUGCUGGGAAGUUCGAGGGACAGAAGCGGUUCGACGUUCGCUAUACUGUCGUAGAGGCGCUGGAGAAGGAGGGCCUUUUCGUCAAGAAAGAAGACAACGCUAUGAAGGUUCCUAUCUGCUCAAGAUCAGGCGACGUUAUCGAGCCUAUCAUGAAGCCUCAAUGGUGGAUGAAGAUGAAGGGCCUUGCUGACGCGGCACUCGAGGCUGUCCAGAAGGGUGACAUCAAGAUCCGUCCCUCCAGCUCUGAAAAGACUUUCAGCCACUGGAUGAGGAAUAUUCAGGAUUGGUGUUUGUCUCGACAACUCUGGUGGGGUCAUCAGAUUCCUGCCUACUUGGUCAAAUUUGAGGGCGAGGCUCACUCAAGUGACAAUGAGAAGUGGGUCACUGGCCGUACCGAAGAAGAGGCACAUCAAAAGGCUGCAAAGGAAUUCCCUGGCAAGAAGUUCACGUUGGAGCGCGACGAAGACGUGCUGGAUACUUGGUUCUCCUCUGGAUUAUGGCCUUUCAGCACACUUGGCUGGCCUAAACAGACGCACGACUUGGAGAAACUCUUCCCUACGUCUGUUUUGGAGACAGGGUGGGAUAUUUUACCCUUCUGGGUUGCCAGGAUGAUCAUGAUGUCGCUGCAUUUGACAGGCAAGGUUCCAUUCAACGAAGUCUUUUGUCACUCCCUCAUUCGAGACUCCGAGGGUAGGAAAAUGUCCAAGUCGCUUGGCAAUGUCGUUGAUCCUGUUGAUAUCAUGGACGGUAUCACCCUGCAAAAGCUACACGAUCAGCUUACUGCCGGUAAUUUAGACCCUAAGGAGUUGAAGACAGCCGAGAAAUACCAGAAGACGGCCUUCCCACAAGGUAUUCCUGAGUGCGGCGCUGACGCUCUGCGUAUGGCUCUCAUCGGCUACACUACUGGGGGAGGUGAUAUUUCGUUUGACGUCAACGUUAUUCAUGGCUAUCGUAGAUUCUGUAACAAGAUCUAUCAGGCGACAAAAUAUGUUCUGGGACGCCUUGGGGACUUCACUCCACGUGCCACCAUCACCAAGACCGGAAAUGAGACUCUGCCUGAGCGAUGGAUCCUGCACAAGCUCACAACCUCUGCCAAGAAGAUCAACGAGCACUUGGAGGCACGCGAAUUCUCGCUUGCUACCCAAGUUGCCUACAGAUUCUUCUAUGAAUCACUCUGCGACACAUAUAUCGAGAACAGCAAAGCAAUCUUCGAUGAGGGCACUGAAGCAGAGAAGGAGAGCGCGAAACAGACACUCUACACUGCUAUCGAGGGAGGACUGACUAUGAUCCAUCCCUUCAUGCCCUUCCUGACCGAAGAACUGUGGCAGCGGCUGCCACGCAGGGAAGGCGAUAAGACCCCUUCCAUCACCAUUGCUUCGUUCCCUCAAUACAACCCAGAAUUUGAGGACAAGGCAGCCGAUGCCGAGUAUGAGUUGCUUGUGGACAGUGCAAAGGCUCUGCGUUCAUUAACAAGUGAAUACUCGAUCAAAGAGGACGCAGCUACCUACAUCAAAUCUCUCGAUGACACCACACACUCGGCUCUCUCCUCACCCACUUCCCUUCCCUCUAUCCGUUCCCUUGCCGGGAAGACUGUGUCAGAGAUCAAGAUCCUUUCCCCCGCUGAUGCCGCACCAACUGGCUGUGCAGUCUAUACCAUCGGUUCCUCCGCAACUGCGUACCUCGACGUCAAAGGCCGCAUUGAGAUUGAGAAGGAAAUCACCAAGGCUCAAGAGAGGUUGUCAAAAGCCAAUGAGACUAUCACAAAGCAGAAGAAGCUCAUGGAUGACGAAUGGCAGAACAAGGUCAGUGCCGUUGUCAAGGAGUAUGAGAGGGAAAGGCUUAGGGCUGCGGAACUUGAGGCAAGGAAUUGGGAGGCGAGUAUCCAGCAAUUUCAGAGCUUGAAGUUGGAGUAG